CGCUGCCAUUUUAGGUGGUGGGUGCUGGCUGCGUAGCUCCGCUCCGCUCCCCUCCCGGGACGAGGCAUAGGAGCAGCACCAGGCGCUUCCGCUCGCCGCCGCUACCGCCUUCGAGAACGUCUCGGGACCGCCGGGGCGACGAGAGGCUCUCCACAGUCCUUCUACCCUUCUCCUGGCCAUCCCCGUCCUCCGCCGCUCCGGGAUCUCUAUGCCCGUCGCCCUCCGUAGGACCCACUAGCGCAGGGACUCGCCGCCGUCUCCUUCUUCUCCUUCCGCCGCUGCCACCGCCGUCGCCUCUUCGUCCUCCUCUUCCUCUGUCCGCCACCAUUUCCCCUCUCCCCGGCACCGGGGCGCUGAGCUAGACUAUGGGGACGAGUUUGGGGCUGAGCAGCGGCAGAGCGGGCGGUCCGGUCACCGUGUGCGCUGCAGCAGGCAUGGGGGGGCUCCGUGGCUUCGUGGCUUUAUCUUGACAUGGCCCCUCUCCGUGCUGCCAGCAGCGCCGCCGCCUCCACUGCUCCCCCUGCGCCCGCCGGUUGCGGGUAGCGAGCGGGACACGGCCUCGAGCUCUCAUCUGAGUCUCUCAGUCUCUUGCUUAAGUUGAGGGGGGAAGGUUGGGGAGGGCUUCUUUUUUUUUUUUUUAAUUUUUUUUCCCCCUCUUUUUGGCAAGAGAGGAGGGGGGAAUACUUUUCCCCCUCUUCUUAACCUGGUCCGACGAAUUUGCUAACCGAAAAACUUUUUAACCCCGACUAAUCAAACAGCUGGGGGGGGGAAAAUGUCUGGAGAGAGGAAGAAAAUAACCUGAUAAUUGGGGAUUUACUUUUUGGGGGGAGAGAGAGGAAGAAAAUAACCCGGUAAUUGGGGGUUUGCAUUUUUGGGGGAGGAUGUUUUAGAGGCUUAAAAUUGCAAUCUAGAGUUGCAAUUUAAAAUUAAGACCCCAAACCUCACAAAAAUUUAGACACCGGAAACCUAUCUUGCCAGAAAAGCAGGAACAAACCUCUCCAUGUUGUCCAAGUCGUGACCAUGAAGUGAGAGGGGAGCCGCUGCUCUGUCGCGGGUGUCCCGCUGCCCUGGGCACCGGCUGCCCGCUGCAGCCCCUGCCCGCUGUGUAGAGAGAGGCCAGAAGAGGAGCAAAGAGCAUUGGCCAUGCACAGCCUCGGCUAACCGUGCUCCCUGCGGAACGCACCAGCGGCAGAGAGAAAAGGAUCCUAGGGAAUCAGCAGCCCAGGGGGUGUGUGAGGUGUUGGGGGAUGUAGAGCUCUCCCACUGGUAAGGAGCCCGGGUUUGGGGCACUGAUUUGAGUGUCAGUCUCUAGGUGAGAUAGCACUGUCCCUUGAAGCCUUUGCCCACCCCUCGUCUAUGGCCAUCAUGAUCUCUUUUCUCUCUGGCAGCAGUGGCCUCAGGGCAGUGAUGUGCCUGAUGAUGAGCAGAAUGAAGUUAGAAAUUACUCCACUGUUUUUUCUCUUUGCUCCCCUGCAAACCAGCACUGUGUUGUCUGUAGUUGACUUUGUUGUGGGCAGAGAAAUGUCAUACCUCUCAGGAUGUGCACUCGUUUGCAUCCUUUUCUCUGCUCUCCACCAAGUGUAAUAAUUUUAAAGAGAAAAAAAAAAGACGGGCAGCAUAGCAAUAGUGGAAAGCUGAGAAUAAUAAUCAGUAGAGUCAUGAGUCUGGCUGGGGUAAACGGCAAUUUGUAAUUUCAGCUUUUUUUUUUGUAAGCAGAGCAAGAGCACCCCCACACACCCCACCCCCUCAUGGAUUGGGCUUGUGCCAGUUGCUUUUUAUUGUACACAUAAAUUGUGGUAAGAUUAUAUUUUUUCAUUCUUACCCACUUAUUCCUGCAGCUAAACUGUUCAAAUUUUUGUCUUAAAAAUUUUUAGGUUUUUUUUUUCUUGGUUUAUUGUAAAACCUGUUGUCCAGCCAUGGCUGGACAACUACUUAUUUUGUUUCGUGGUCCCUCCGAUACCACAGUCUCGUAAAAUAUUGCCUGAGGUGCGGUUUUGGGUUACACUAGCGUUUUAUCUAUCCAGUUGUAUUAGCAGGAAUAAAACAUCCUUUUUUUUUUCUGUUGUACUCGAGUCUUAAUGAAAAAGCGCCCAUAGUUUAGUGUCAGUUUCCAAAGGCUUUAGUACCACCUGUGUUACAAAAUGGGGGACCCAAACUCCCGGAAGAAACAAGCUCUGAACAGACUUCGUGCUCAGCUUAGAAAGAAAAAAGAAUCUUUAGCUGACCAGUUUGACUUCAAGAUGUACAUUGCCUUUGUGUUCAAAGACAAGAAGAAAAAGUCAGCACUUUUUGAAGUGUCUGAAGUGAUACCAGUCAUGACUAAUAAUUAUGAAGAAAAUAUCCUGAAAGGUGUGCGGGAUUCCAGCUAUUCUUUGGAAAGUUCCUUAGAGCUUCUGCAGAAGGAUGUAGUACAGCUCCAUGCACCCCGCUACCAGUCUAUGCGCAGGGAUGUGAUCGGCUGUACCCAGGAGAUGGACUUCAUUCUUUGGCCUCGUAAUGAUAUUGAGAAGAUAGUCUGUCUCCUCUUUUCUCGGUGGAAGGGAUCUGAUGAACCCUUUAGGCCUGUUCAGGCCAAGUUUGAAUUUCAUCAUGGUGACUAUGAAAAACAGUUUCUGCAUGUUCUGAGCCGAAAGGACAAGACUGGAAUUGUUGUCAACAACCCUAGCCAGUCAGUGUUUCUCUUCAUUGACAGACAGCACUUGCAGACUCCAAAAAACAAAGCUACAAUCUUCAAGUUAUGCAGCAUCUGCCUGUACCUGCCACAGGAGCAGCUCACUCACUGGACGGUUGGUACCAUAGAGGAUCACCUCCGUCCUUACAUGCCCGAGUAAGGCACUGGCCAGCAAAAUGGGGAAGAUCACAGAAGGCAGCAGUGGAUUUUUCACUUUCCUCACCACUUUAUUUCCGAAUCUAGAAGAAAAUGGACUCAUGUUCAGAACACUAUACAUUGUGAAACUUGAUCAUCCUGGAUUUUAUUUAAUCAUUUGUGUCUCAGAACUUUACAAUUUUUUUUAGAUGUUUUCUGCAUGGACCUUGUGAAAGAGAGGAUGCUCUGCACGCUUCUGCACUGCAUCAGCAUCUUACUAAAAUGUGAAAUGAAGGGACUGUACACUGAAACAAAUGUGUCCGAAAGCACAAGGUGAUCAUUUGUGGUGGUGUUCCCAUUUGUGCUGGUCAUGCCCACUAAUAUCUAUAAUGUUAACCAUGAGUAUUUGGAGGGUGAGAAGUGAAUGUAACGGGUAUAAAAGCCUUAUAGCUUUGCUGUUAAUGAUUGUAUCAAAGAGCACUAUCAUUCGUUGUAGUGAACAGGAAAGUGGCUACUACAAUAGGAAGUAAGCGUGGGAAAGAAAUCUUUUACAAGCAUCUCAUUUAAUGUGUAGGCAUUUUUGCCUUUUUUAUUUUGCUGGGCCAUGUCUUAAGUUUCCUGGCACUUUUGUUUUUGAUCUCUUUCCCCAAGUUGCUGUAUAACUGUACGAAACUAUUCUUUUGAGUUGGAUGCAUUUAUACAGAUGAGGCAGACCUGGAGUCUGAAGUUGCUAAAGCAGCUAAAAAUAAAUAAUAGCUGCAGAAACAAUGUUGGUAGAGGAUUAUUUUUUUUUCUUGAGAGUUGAGACUUGUAAGCUUGCAGGUGAACUGUGCAGGAAAUACUGGUUUCUAAAACAUUUCUUAUGGAAAACCCAUUGAGGUUUGUUUUUUUUUCUUUUGGAAUAGACAUUAUAAACAAUGUAAAAUAGUGUUUGGAGUGUCAAAAGUUGGUUCUGAUGGAACAUUUUAAGAUUGUGCAAUGAUAAAAGGAAGACUACUGUAUAGUUUUGAUGACAAGGCUCUGCUUAAAAGGUUGAGUACUUUACUGGAGUAAAAUUGCAUAAGCCUGCUCCCUUUGGAUAAAAAUAGUGCUUACCUGUUUAAAACUUGUAUUUAGCUUUUGUUUGGAAUUGGAAAAAAUUGGAAUUUAAAUAAAUUAGGUGAAAGAUGA